AUGGACGGACAUAUGCCUCCUAUUCUCAAAGCAGGAACAGACCCUUCAGCAAACGACAAGUGUGUCUUGGACCUGGAUCGAUGUUUUGGAUCUUUCUGGUCGAGAGAGGAGGAUGUACCUUCUGCCGAUGUGUUCAAGCGACUCACCUUCCAAUAUCCUGAAUGUGGUGAUUGUCUACUCAUGGCAUUGGUGACUGCUUCCGGACCAUUGGGACUAUCUGCGUUCUUCCCUCCGAAAGGAACGACCUUUGAAACUGCACCACUAUCUCCCGGCCAAUCUUACCCAAGAUAUCUACCACCACCUCAUCUCCCGCUCACGCCCACAUGGCACGAAGCCGACUUUUCCUUGGAGGCAGUCAUGUCGACGACCGCCUUGCCCGGUGAAGCAGUGGACUUACGAGAAUAUACCAUGAAGCUACUUUCACGAUAUCAAUACUUAUCUGCAAAAUCUGAAUCGCAUUUCCACAUGCUCAAAUCCGCCGAACACGCUCAUAGGGUCUUCAAGAUGAUACAAGAUAACCCACGUGUCAGUAUCUUGGGCUUGAAUGAUGAUAUAGAACAAGAUUAUGACGAGGUCAAAGGAAUCAUGCUGGACUGGUUUACCCUGAGAUGGCCAAGGAAAGCCGUAUGGGAGCGGGGCUGGGAUCCUGUGAAAGACAAGUUGGAGGAAUGA